CCAUGCACAUGUAGAGCAAUCAUAACGUGCGGGGCAGGCGGAGCACACCGGAGGGACUAGCUAGUUGUUUUGCAGCUGUCAGGUUGCCUGUUUACUCUUGCCUUUAUUUAUAUUCAUGUGUUGGCCCGUGUUUGACAGCGGCUCGUAGUUCCGCUCCACAGGCGCCAGUACUGACCGGCAGUCCGGGCUCGAAGCGAGCGAUGUCGGAGGAGCGCAGGGUGGCAGCCACAACAACAACAGGGCGCGCUGCUGUCCCCCUAGCAUCGCAACGUCCUCCGGUCCAUGUUUAACCCUGCCGGGCGACUACACCUGUCCUCGCCUCCCUACCGGUCCACUCCCGUCCCACAGUGACCUCCAGUGAUGGCUGAUGAGGACCCCCAGCAGCAGCAGCCGCCGCCGGAGAGCGGGGCGGGGAGCCUGCCCGGCCUACUCCCCGGGCUGCAGGGCGCUGAGGCCAGCGCUCUGCAGCUCAGGAUCAAGAACUCCAUCUGCAAAUCUGUUCAAUCAAAAGUGGAAAACAUUCUGCAAGAUGUCGAGAAGUUCUCAGACAUCGAAAAACUCUACCUCUACCUCAAGUUGCCUUCUGGUCCGAGCAGCAGUGUCGAUAAAAGUGACCAGAGCGCCCUGUCAUCGAGUCGCACGCAGCAGAUGCACGCAUUCACCUGGAUCCGAAAUCAUUUAGAGGAGUACCCCGAGACCUCGCUCCCCAAGCAGGAAGUCUACGACGAAUACAAGAGCUUCUGUGACAAUCUUAACUACCACCCACUAAGUGCUGCAGACUUUGGGAAGAUGAUGAAAAAUGUAUUCCCGAACAUGAAGGCGCGUCGGCUCGGCAUGAGGGGAAAAUCAAAAUACUGCUAUAGUGGCCUAAGGAAGAGACCAUUUGUUCAGAUGCCGUCUUUACCAACUCUGGACCUCCAUAAAACAGGAGAUGGACCCCAGUGUGAUGUGCUCGACUCCCCGGGCCAGCUGAGCAGUAUUAAGGAAGAGGUGCGGUUUGCAGCCUGUGAUCUUGUGUGUGAGUGGGCUCAAAAGGUGCUCAAACGCCAGUUUGAUGCUGUGGAGGACCUGGCUCGCUUCCUAAUCGACAGCCAUUACAUCAGCAACAAGUCUUUGGCAGCUCUCACCAUAAUGACCGGCACAGCAGCAGAGGUGAAAGGUUCACAGACCGUCUCAGCCUUCGCCCCGGCUGCAGACGCUCACUCCUUCCAGCCUCAUGUGACCAUGCUGUCCUCUCCGUCUGUCGACGCAAAGCAGCAGCUCCAGAGGAAGAUCCAGAGAAAGCAACAGGAACAAAAGCUGACAUCUCCUCUACCCGGAGAGGGACAGAUUAGGAAGGCAGACGACGGUGUGUCUUGUGGUAGUCCCACCCCUCCGUCGCCUCAACCAACUAUAGGCAUCGUGGUUGCUGCCGUGCCAAGCCCGAUCACGGUUCAGAGGAGUAGGCCGCUGAUGUCCCCGAGUCCAGUGGGAACAGUGGAGAGCAAAGUACUGCCCAUUAACAUCCAGAUGGUGACCCAGCCAGUUCAGGGAGUGAAGCAGAGCCCCAAACACCCCCAAAAUAUUCUGUCCAAUCCAGCGGGGGAGCGCGCAGCUCGGCAGCGCUACGCUCAAAUCCUCCCUAAACCUUCAGCCACCACUGCCAUCGCUUUGCGCUCGCCCUCCACCAUGAUCAUCGCUAACAGCCCCAUUAAGACUGUUGUAACGCCAUGUCAUGUCAGCCCAGUCAGUCUGGUCAAAAUGGCAGCCAUAUCGCUCGCACCCAACAGCAGUGAAACUGCCACAUCCUUCACAAACGUGCUGCGGCCGGCAUCUGCAGACAUCAACUUUAAAGCUACAGAAGACGUCAGCUCCAGUCAGAGCGCGAGGAGUUCCUCAACGGUCCCCAUUUUGGCCCCGGUGGCCAGGCAAGGGCAGACUUCUAACACUCCAAGCAUCGAUGUUGAAAUGGAAGUUGAAGCUAUACAUGAAAGCAGCCAAAUGCAAAAUUUGGGCAGUCAAGUUUUGCCACAAGUGGCAAUGACCAAUAGAGUCAAAGGGGCUGUACAGAGGGCCGCCAGUGUGCCCAUACCGCAAACUAGAGGCUUCUUGGGUCUCGAGGAAACGUCCAGCAAUAAAUGCAGCAGAGAGUCCUCCUCAAGCACUAAUACUGUGGCCACAGGCGACAGCGGCAAUAAUAGCGCUAAAAAUACAAGCACUUUGCACUUAAAUCCCUCCACUCAGAAUACCAGCACCGUGUCUCUACUGAACACCAGCAGAACAUCUUCAUGUGGGGAAAACAACCAAACAAAGCAAGGCUUCUUGUCCACUAAGAGCCUCAGAAAACGUUCAGGGCUCAGUCCAGACCUUUCACCAAUCAAAAGGGUUUUUAUACCCCAGCAGCCAGUAGAGGGUGCUGCUGGUCCAGGGUAUGGUAUCAGAAACAUGACGGGUAAUGUAUCCAGGCCAGGCGCUCCAGCUAGACCUGAAAGUGCACCAGCCACCAGGGAAGUAGAAGUGAAAAUGACCACUCAAGUCCACGCACUUGGCACUUCUCCUUCUUUCAGAGCGAGUGGCUUUUACUCUGUUGCCAAAACACAUAGUUCAUUGCAGAGGAAAAACAUUUCUGCCGUUAUGGAAACUGGCACUUCAGUCAGUCACGCAUUAAUACAGCAACAUCAGGGGCACGCAGCAGUUGACGCACAUGCUGUGCCCGAUAAUCCCAGUUUUCCAAAGCAUUCAGGUGUGGGUUCAAACUCAAGCCUGGAAGGAGUCCGGCAGCAGCCCUGCUCUCAGUCCAGUCCUGCUACUGAAACCUUAGAGUUUUUGAAUCACGCUUCAUCAUCCGGUCAACUGCCCAUGCAGACAGACAUGACAGAUUACUUUUGCUUUGAUGAUGAUGUGACUCAGGACAGCAUAGUGGAGGAGUUGGUGCAGAUGGAGGAGCAGAUGAAACUUAAUAACCUGCAGCAGUUUGGAGAUUCUGUCACGCUGCAGGGCCAGCAGGUUGCGAUGCCAAACAACAUGACGUCCGCUAAUAAGAACAUGGCUUUCUAUCAUGCUGCGAACAACAACAGUAACCCAAUCCAAACAAUUCAAACGCCGACACCUACACCCAUGUCGGAAAUGAUGGGAGGAGCCCAGGGACUGACAGGAGAAAGCCCCUGCUCCCACAUCGCCUCCACGACCCCGGUGGACAGCUCGCUCGGAAGCAGUCGCCACACCCCGGUUGGGACGCCACACUCCAACUGCAGCAGCAAUGUUCCUCCCAGUCCAGUAGAGUGCAGAAACCCGUUCGCGUUCACACCCAUUAACUCCAGCAUCACUGGUUUCCAUGACGGCAGCACCAUCUCCAGCAGCCCCGUGAAACCGAUGCAGAGACCGAUGGCCACCCAUCCAGACAAGACCAGGCUGGAGUGGAUGAAUAACAGUUACAAUAGCAGCGGCGGGACCACCAGCAGAUCCAACAGCGGAAUGGAAAUCCUGCCCGGCUAUCACAGCCUGAUAGACGACCAUUUUCAAAAACCUCACGCCUUCGCCGUUCCUCACGCGCGGCACCACGACAGCCAUUUCGGCCGCUUGACUCCCAUCUCGCCCGUGCAGCAGCAGGUAGCGAGCAUGGCCAAACAGGAGGGUUUUGCAGUGCCUGCCCCUCUGGAUAAUAAAACUGCCAACACAUCUGCUGCAAAUUUUAGGUGUCGCAGCGUGAGUCCCGCUGUACAUCAGAGGAACUUCAGCGGCACAGGAGCAGGAACCAACCUUUCCAAUGCCUCCCGAUCGGUAGUGUCUCCCUUUAAUUCUCCUGUGACGGCUGAGGUGUUGAACAUCUUCGCAAACAGGCAGACAAACCUCGGCGUGAACAGCAUGGCCCAGAGGAGCCGCUCUGUGCCGCUCAACAUCAUGAUGCAAAGCGAGGCCCCGCCCACACCGGGCCAGCAGUGCAGCACCAAAAGCAUCGCCAGCGUCCUCCUGAGCAAGCUAGACGGAGAUCACGAGAAUAGUGUGCGGGGUGUGGGAAUCAAUAAUUUACUUCCCACCUACACCGCUCGUAUGAACCUGACCCAGAUCCUCGAAUCCAACUCCAGCCUCUCCUGCACUGACAGCCUGAUGACCUCCGACUCCAGCAGUACCUGCAACCUGCAGAGGCCCAAUUACCUCAUGGAAAACUCUAUCGGUGAACAAAUGAUUCUCUCGGCAGGUCAAGGCCAAAUACAAGCAGCCGGUGGAGAGCAGCAUCAGCAGCAGUCCAUCAUGUCAGCUUUGAACUCACAGCAGCAGCAACACCAGCAGUUAGACUUCAGCACCUCUCAAGACCUCCUCGCUGCUGGCAAUCAGCUCAUGGAACAGGUGUCAGAGCUAACAGCAGGCGGGGCCGAUUUCCCCGGUGAAAUCAGAAUGACAUCGGAGCUUCCCAGUAGCAUCAGUGACCUUAACGCAUUGGACACAAACCUGCUGUUCGACCCCAGCCAGCAGCAAGGCCAGUAUCAGCACGCCGCCCCAGAGGAGCUGGUGGACGAUUCGCUGUUUCAGCAAAUCACCAGCGAAGCGGCUCAUUCAGGUGGUCUCGACUGGUUGGAGAGCAAAGAUCACCCAACUGUUGGGCUGAUGGGCUGAGAGCAGAGCUUUUUAUAGUAAUGUUGAACAUGUUAAUCUGCGGUUGAUGUUUGUUUUAUUUAUUUUCAGGCAUUUAUAAUGCAACACUGGAUACAAUGAGGUCUGUCCAGAUUAAGUGCCAGGCUAAAAACUGAGCUAAUGCUGCAACACUCACUGAAAAUGCUGGUCAUUUCCCUUUAAUGAGAGAAUAUUGCCUCACUUUGUUUGAUCAAGAGAAUUGUCAACAAGAAAACACACACAGAAAAAAGCUAGUUUUCAAACAGCUAAUUUUAUUGAACAGUCAGAUCAAUAACAGAGCCGUGGAUCAGUGUGAAUAAACCUUAUGCAACGCUACUUAUUUCUGUCACCGUGUAUGAACUGCAGGCUAAAUUAGGUGCAAAAAAACUAAUGAUAUUUAAUCCUAAACUAACAAUAUGUGUUUGUUGUGUAGCUUUACUUAAAGAAAAAAAGCGCUUAAAAGGUUUUGAAUUUAACAUUAAGAUAUGUGACGUGUACACACAUACAUUAAAUUAUUAUGUAUUCACAAAUACACAGAAUCAAAUUCAUCCAUGUAAAUCCAUAUAAUGUACUCAUAAUCUUAAUAUAUAAAUAUACCAAUAUAAAUAUAUGUAUCUCUUCCCAAACACAGCACUGGCCUUUACUGACUCAUUUUGGUGAAAUAUAUAAAUGGUAUUCGGUAAAACUUUGAACUGUAAAAUUCAGCAAUAUAAGUCUAUACUGUCUAAAGUUUCUAAAGUUUAUUUUAAAUAGACUUUGAGUCUCUGUUAAUCAGCUGAUGAGUGUGAAGAGCGACGUUAACCUCUCUUCAAACCCCUUCAUGUAGAUUAAAUAAUAAUACAAAUAUUAUUAGUCCUCUUUUAAGUUGCAUUUAAAAUAGGUCUUGUAUACAGUCAUGUGAAUAACUAAGUUCACCCUUGUUAUCAUAGGUGAGCACCUUUAAAAAAGCAGCAGUUUUGGUAGUUUGGUGGUCUGGUGCGUUCAGGUGUGAGCUAACACAAUGACACAAUCUUUCCAAAUGUUAACGUCCCAACAAGGCCCGACUGUAGAAAUGCCUCAGCUCUACAGGCUUGAGCUAGUAUGUUAAAGGUUAAAUUUCAUGAAAAUAGAAUUACAAGACAAAUAUGGCACGAAGGAAUCCCAAGAGAAUAUCUCUUCCCUCUGAAACAAACAUGGCAGCAAGGUUUGCUUUAGGUUUGCCAAGCAGCAUCUGAACAAACCACAGAUGACACCAAAGUCAAAACCAAACAGGUCAAGAGUCAAGCUUGGCCUAAAUUAGGUUAUGUACUGUAGGAGAUAAAUCACCCCAAACACAACAAAAUGAAAUGUAUCAUUAGAAUGGCUGAAAGUGAAAAAGAAUGAAGGUGUUGCAAUAUCAAAG